GACUCUGAAGCCGAUUUGACCGACGAUGUGAGCUCGGAUGGUGCCGUGGUGUGGAUCGACUGGAUCAUCGGCUUCGCUUUCACCAUUACGGAGCUUCAGUACAACAUCGGGAACGCCGCCAUUCCGCAGACCUUGACGAGAACAUUCGGACUGCAGGUUUGGCAGGUCGGACCUCUUCUCGCCAGUGUUAAUUGCGCUUGCAUGUGCUUUCUGGCUUUGCUGCCUCGCCUGCCGGUCGCAAUGUUACACCGGAACCCCGUGAACAUCGUCCUGGCCUUCCUUUCCAUCUUGCUGUCAUGGAUCCUUGCCUCCGUUGCCUCGUUCAUUCCGGAAGGCCUGCCCAUCUUUGUGGCCAGCAUCUUGCUCUUCACGCUGGCGGUGAACAUGGUCCAGGUCCUUCUCCUGGAGUAUCUCUCCAACGUCCUGGAUGCCCAAGGAUCCAAGAAACUCCUGGGCCUGUCUGAAACCUUGGGAUGUGGCUUCGCCAUGCUGGGCGGUUAUCUGGGUGAUGUGCUUGAAGUCUAUGGGGAUGCUGCGCCCUUCAUGAUGCAAAGCGCCGUCGCUCUGGUUGCCGUGUCCAUGGUGGGGGCCUGCCUGGGGUAUCGCCACAUGACACGCUCCAAGGUGUUGUGCAUGCAGGACAGAUCGAGGCUGCCUUUUGCAUUGCCACUUGUGUAA